AUGGCAUGGCAACAUUUUUUUGAAUUAUACCCAGAUGGUAUGAAAAGGAUAGCUUUUAUGACAAGAUUAGAGAAAGAUAGCAGAUUUGUAUAUUGUGAAUAUCUUGGUAGCUUGUGUUUGACAUGCAAUGAAUAUGGUUUUGGUGUUUUUGAAGAGAUGAAAUCACCUGUUCAGGAAAAAAUUAAUAGAAAAGAUAUCCAG